AUGCUGAACGAGCUGAAGGAGCUGCUGGAGGCCGCCAUCCCUCCUUCUCUCAUACCCGCCUCCCCUCUCUCCUCCCCUCCGUCAUACUCUCAUCCCGUCCUCCCCUCUAUCAGCCCAUCCCUCCAUCUCUCAUCCCCUCCUCUUUCCUUCUCUCAUCCCCUCCUCCCAUCGCACGUCCCCCUUUCCCAUCUCUCAUACCCUCCUCCCAUCUCCCAUUCCCCCCCUCCUUCUCUCAUACCCGCCUCUCCUGGCUCCUCCCCUUCGACCAUGUGCUCCUCCCUCUCAUCCCUCCCUCUCCACUAUCAUCUCGUCCUCCCCUCUCUCAUCCCUCCUGUCCCUCUCUCCUCCCGUCCCCCACUCACUCAUCCCUCCCUCUCCUUUCCCAUCCCGGACUCUCCUCUCUCAUCCCUCACUCUCAUCUCUCAUCCCUCACUCUCAUCUCUCAUCCCUCACUCUCAUCUCUCAUCCCGUCCUCCCCCUCUCAUCCGUCCAUCUAUCGUCCCUUCCUCCGCUCUCACGUCGUCUCCUCUCCUCUUUCAUCCCGUCCUCUCCUCUCCCAUCUCGUCCUCCCCUCUCUCAUCCCUCCCUCAUCCCUCGCCACGCCACGAUGUAAGUUCCCAAACGCCGCUUCAUCGCCGCCUCGCCACCCCGCUAAUGCAAUCGCGUCCACAUCACCGCCACGCCGAUGCGCCUCCUCAACGGCUUGCAGCCUCCAUGUCGCGCCUCAUCACCUACGCCUCCACCGCCGCCUCGUUACCUCCAAGGACGAAACCCGAUCCCUUUUCCGUUCCCAUCUCUCCCAAGGCCGCUACUCCCUUUUCCCCCAUGUCACACUUCCCCUUUCCCCCAAGUCGCACCUCCCCUUCCGAGCAAAGUCGCACCGCCACUAUCCCCCAAGUCGCACUUCCCCUUCCACCUAACUCGCACUUCAACUUCCCCACAGGGCGCUCCUCCCCUUUACCCCAGGUCGCCAUUCCAAACCCCCCCAAGGUCGCUCCUCCCUGUCCCCCAGGUCGCUCCCCCCCUUUCCCCCAUGUCACACUUCCCGAUUUUUCCUCACAGAGCACCUUAUCACUCCCUCACAAUGCACUACCCCUCCCUUCACUAUGA